CGUGGUUCAGUCUCGUAUCGGUUCUAGUGCGCGACGGAAGCGAAUUUUGUGCCAUCGUCGUCGGUUCGAGCGCGCUCUUUCGGUGGCUCGUGUUGGUCUCGUGCGCGUAAACUCCCGGUCGUAAAUAUUAUUGUUCAUGGAGUGAUUCACUCGACCGCCCGCCCGCCAAGCUUCUGGGUCGAAGUGGAACGGUUUUAUGACUGUCGAAUCAAUCGAGAACACUGUGAAACGCUGUGCGCUUUGGCAAAAGGAUUAAAUAACUUGCUGUGCUAUUCAUAGAGCGGUGGACUGAUUGAGUGGAAGGUUCCGAAUUGCAUUGACCCAUAUUAUGUUGCCCAGAGCUUGGUGAUUGAGCGCCAGUGAGCCAGUCAGUGACGACAUCGUUAAUAAUAGCGAAUGCUGAUGCAUUUACUACUUUGCCGAGUGCCGAGCUGAGCUGAGCUGAGUUAGUGCAAUGUGAAAUUUUCAAAGAACUCCAAACCAACAAACAGCGACAACAACGACGAUCACUUCACGCCAUCUGUUGGAACAAACGGAGAAAAGUCAGCUAUAGGAAACAAAAAAAGCGGAGAACCCGCGGCCAGACCGCUCGUGAUUCUACCUGCACUCACUACCAGAACUGAAAAGUAACACGUUCCGUUUAGCGAACCCAUUCCGAGCGGGUAGAGUGGAAAACUGAGUGAAUUGAAUGGGAAAAAGUGCAACCAGGAAGACCAUCAUCUAUUGAAGCUGUGCGGUGCGGAAACCCGUGUAAGAUUCUGUGAAAAUAUUCCGCCGAGCCUCGUCCCGUUUCUGUUGCGCUGUGCGGGAAAACAGGGAAAGCGGAAAUUCUACAAACAGUUGCAACCUACCGGCGACCGAGUUAUCUGAUCGCUGAAGUGUUCAUAUAUGUAACAAUUUCUAGAGCAUCGAGGACGAAACGACAAUUGCAUCCUUGCCUGCACUCGGCAGUCGACGGUGAAAGUUUUGAAUUCCGGGUACACGGCAAAACGAAUCCUCAUCCGUGGAUAAAUUGUGGUACAGGCAAGUUCUGAAAACGUCGACUACGGAAAGUCGACAGCCAGUCAGUUUGUGUGUGAGUGUGCAAUGUAAUGUGGGCAGAGUAGUUCUGCGAAGAAGAUAUGGCGGGAAAACCAAUGCCGAGUCGUUGAAGGAACCGGUAAUCAUCAACUCACAGAGAAACGGAUUUGAAAUGUAUGAGCAGAUGAAAGUUUAAGUGCAAAAGUUUUUCUCUUCCAUUUAUCUAGCAGCUUCCUGCUGAAUCGGUGAAUGUAUUUUUUGUGUAAUGUGAAUGUUAAUCACUCCUGCCCAUUCUGGUUCUGUCCGAAUGCUGAACUUACUUGUACUGGGCAUCGGCAGUCGUGGUAGCAGCAGCAGCAGCCUUGUGCAUUUUUAAUCUUCCGAGUAAACAUCAUAAAUAUAGACAGAGUCUCCAACCCCGGAGCUAUCGAGGAAAAGGAGAAAUCGGUGUGUUUGUGUGCGGUAGCUGGCAGAUUCCGAAACAGAUCGGUCUUUAGCUAAACCCGUCGUAUUGGGACGGGGUCGUCAUGUCGGUUGCACAGUGAAAUCGUUUAUCAGACGAAAAGCUUGAAAGACUCGAAACCGAACUGUGAAUGUGUGCUGAUUCGCGACUGGUGCUAAAAGAACUCAUUAAAUAAAGAACGAGGUCACGAAACGAAUCACAUUUUGAAAUAUUCCUGACCAAGCUCUUCAAAUGGGAUGUCGUAUCGCAUCGACAUCAAUCAACCUGCUGGUAGCAAUGAUUAUGAACAUUAUGUCGUCGUCGUAAACCUGAACCGUGCUGCUCCAAUCAUUGUUAAAACAACAAAUAUUCCGGACAAGAGCACCCGAAAGAUGCUUUCGGUAGAAAACUUCAGCUGAAGCCAAGCCCGAACAAGAAAUAAAAACGAAACAGACAGACGACUAUCGCCACCCCCGCCCACCAACUGCCACAAUAACUAGGAAAUUUUUUCCGUUGUGUCUCCUGUCGGCGAUAAACUGCCAAACAAUGAAACUUUUUUAUAAAUUAACGUAUUUCCUCAAUCUAUAUUUCAUUUUCGCGGCAACGACAGCACUUCUCGCGAAGUUUUCGAUGGCCGCCAAACAACAACUGCAACCAUCGAAGGACGUGCCAAGCGUCGACCUCGGCCGCCAGCUGCCGUUAUCGGGUGGAAAGGACACGCCAAGUUCAGCGCUGGCAGCUGCUUGGGACCAAGGCGCCAGUACUGGGUGGCCGAGUUUGUCCACCCCAUCCCAACCGAUAUCCUUGACGAUGCGAGAUAAAUCAGUACCGGAGCGUUUUGGCGAUGCGGCAACAAAAUUCCUCGCACAUCCCAAACCGGUUAAUCAUCAUUAUUCCUCCCCCGGUUCGAUGCUUCCGAACUCGAAAGCAGGGGGAGAAUCACCGCCGGGUGGUAGAAACCGAGCGAAGGUGAAUUUUAAUAUUUUGUACGAGAGUCACCCUCGAGAUGAUGCUAACGAGAGCGUUGGCAUUGACGAUCGAUUCGGGACACCGGAAAGCGGGACUAGUGGAGCUACUACUCGAAACAAUGAACCGGAGAUGAGUGUUUUGAGACAGGACUCGGAAGGCGAUCAGGGGGAGUACGAUGCGUUCGAUGCCAGGGGUGAUAAUUAUGAGGAUGACAAAAUAAUCAAUUCGGCGGCUUUGGAUAAUUUUUUCGAUAAGUCGUUAACCAGAGACGGUUCCAUAGUGGGGACGGGAGGAGGCAGAACGGGCAGUAAAGUAACUACCGAGUCGGACUACGAUGGUGAGGAAGAGCUGGAGGAGGACAGUGACGAGGGAGGUGAGAUUGAUGAAGACUCGUACGGACUUGGCGAAAGUGAGAUUCUGCCAGUGGAUGGGGCAUUCGAAAGCUUCGGGAAAACCGGCGAGGAAUCGGAAGUGAAAAGUGAUAGCGCACUGCCUUAUUUCCUGGUGGAACCUCAGAGUACCCACGUCAUUCGGAAUAAACCGGCGAUUUUGAAAUGUAAGGCAGCGAAUGCAUUGCAGGUGCAUUUCAAAUGUAGUGGCAGCAACAAACCGCCCCCAUCGGUGGAGGAAUCGCACGUGGAUCCUCACAGUGGCGUUCACUUCCAGGAGGUAACCGCAACCAUCUCGCGGGAUCUGGUGUACGAGUACUUCGGGAAACCGCCGUUCAAGUGCGAAUGCCAUGCUUGGUCACCACGGGGAAAAACCAUCAGCCAGCCAGCGUCCAUCGUUGUUGCCUAUUUGAAAAAGAACUUCAUCCUUCCCUCGACCAAAGUACGUGCCGAAGCCGGAGCAAAGCUGGAAAUGAAAUGCACGGCCCCGAAGGGCUAUCCAAAGCCUCAAAUCACGUGGUUGAAAAACAAUUUCUCUCUCUCCGGCAACCCCCUGCUGUCGUUCUCGUCCGAGGGUAACAUUGUGAUAAACGGUGUAAAACUACAGGACAUCGGAAACUACACAUGUGUCGCGGAGAACAUCGCCGGCAAACGGACAGCCGAUCCGAUCGAACUAAUCGUUUACGUGAAUGGAGGCUGGAGUCAGUGGAGCGCUUGGUUGGAGUGUCGCUGUCCGGGCAAACCGGUCCAGGGACGGAAGCGGUCGCGAACGUGCAGCGAUCCGAUUCCGCUGUACGGUGGCACACCCUGCGAUGGUCCAAAUCAACAGAAGACGGCCGACUGUGUCACGUGUCCCGAAGACACACAGAUUAUCACACCGAAUGGAUUCGAGGAUAAUACUUUCGUGCGUCGCUGGUCCGCGUGGUCUGCCUGGAGCAGUUGUUCGGCGAAAUGCGUCCAAAUCCGACGGCGAGCCUGUCGCACCCAAAGUUUGGAUUUUUACGACAAAGCUCUGGUGAAGCACCACCAGCAACUGGCCGCCCUGAUGGAUGACCAGGAUGAGCAGGGCAACAGUGCCUUCGGUUGUCACGGCAAGGACAGCCAGUCGAUUGUUUGUCGCGGCGGGGAUUGCAGAAUCGAUGACACAGCAUCGGAUUGGAUAUUUUACCUAGGACUCGGGUUCAUCGUUACGCUUUGCAUCACGUUCUUCGUUUUCCUGAUUCACAUUCGACGACAUCGCCAGAAAAUUCCCGCGUAUAGCAUAACCCGGGCGGCACAGGAUCAGCAUACCUACACGCACGAGUUCCAAAAAAAGUUGACCUAUAAUUCCAACGCACCGGACAUAAACAUUCGAGUGAACAACUACGAGUACUCCAACGGAAGCACCAUGGAAGCUCCGAAAGUCCCAGGACAAAAUGUACCCCUGUUGCUAUCGCGGUCGAUCUCCACCGAACAUCACUACGACGAGCCACAAUUUGCUUCGAGUUAUUCAACGCCCAUCGACAGCAAAAGCCGCGAGAACACUAAUCACUAUCAUCAGCAGAAACAGCAACAGCAUCAGCAGCUCUACCAUCAGCACCACUUGUAUCGUCAGAAUCACUCACCGACGCCCCCAUCAGCGAGUCUGAAAGGACAACAGCAGUUUCUUUUGCCAUUGCAGUCACAGCCACAGCAGCAGCAGCAGCAGCAGCAGCAGCAACAGCAGCAACCGUCACAGACACCAACGCUUCAAAGUCAACCCUCGCAGAAAGCCAGCGGUCAGUACAUGAGUAAAGAAUCCUUGGUGACCAACAGUGAUACGAACACAUCCAACUCCACCUACGCCGUCGCCACAACUGAAUCGCUGGACACAUCGAGCUCGAACGAAACCAUGUAUAAAUCCAAUAGUAUGCGACAGGUCGUCACGGCGGACGGCGGUUGGCUCGAACUGGAACAUCUGCAGACGUCUCUGUCCAUCCCCGAGGGAGCCCUGCCGGAAACGCUGAAAAUAAACGUUUUCCUGGCCGUCAUGUACGACUCCAAGGACACGAUUCUAGUCGACAACCAGAUCACCCACAUCAGCCCGACCAUCGUGUGUGGACCGGCGAAGAGCAACUUCGCGAAACCGUUGAUUCUGAAGGUGCCUCACUGUGCGGAAGACAUCAGCAACUGGAAGAUUUCGCUGUUCUACAAGGAGGAAGUGACGAACUGUUGGAAGAAAAUCGCCUCCUCCGAGAACGAUGUGCCCAGUCCUCAGGCCUACAUUCAGUUGGACCUGAAGAGCGCAUACAUCAUGACGAGAAAGCUCGGAAAGUACAUCCUUGGCGGGGAGAAUCUAGCGCCGGAUGUGUCGGUGAUGAAGCGGUUGAAGAUUUACAUGUACGGUCCCAGUCGGAAGCCGGAAACUGAUUUCAACAUUCGAGUGUACAUUCUGGAAGACUACCCGAGCGCGCUGGAGCACUGUUCCAUCAUCGAGAGUCGAAUGGGGUACUUCUUAAUCGGCCAGAGCUCCCCGUUCCAUUUCGAAAACAACAAACAGAACAUGAUUCUGAGAAUUAACUGCUCCGGCGGUUGGAUAUCGAAGGCGGACACGGCCGUUCAGAAAAUUCCAUUCAAUCACGUCUGGAAGAAUAUGUCAAUUUUGCACUGUGAGUUCAUGCUGCAAAAGCUGAUCAAUGAACUGCCCUGUCUGCGGGUUGAACUGGCUGCCGAGCAGGAAAAUGGAACUAAGGUUCUGAUAACUUCGGUGGCAUUUUCGUGAUAGUAUAUUAGGAAGGCGCUGGAAAAACUGAUGACGGCUUAACGCGAACGGCGAUUCUACGGAAAUGGUAUUCAUGGUAGCCAAUGUGGUAUAGUGAUAUUACAACCCAGUAAGCGAAAUAAACAGUUGAUUAUAUGUAAGAAUGUAUGGCAACGAAAAUUAUUUAUUACCACCAUAUUAGCAGUUUCCAAAUGUGAACCCAAUGUCGAAUAAAUUAGCAGGCUUAUAUGCACGUCCUGCACGAGGAAAUUAAAACAAACAUCAGCUGUAGACGAUAGCAGUAGGAUAUUGUACUGAUAUCGUACCUUCACAUACACUUCAGUGAACCUAGUUUGUAGAGAUGGAAGCCAAAAAGUUAGUUACGACAAGAAAAUCGUAGAAAACGUUCCACCGUUGAUGCAAAAAAUUGUGUAGAUUAAAAUUGUAGCUAUUCACCAAGACUGAUUGUGAGGAACAAUAAAUGAAUAGAUUGGUUGGAA